UUGGAGCUCUUUUAUUUGAUAAUUUCUCUAAUCCAAUCUUCUAUUUUGAAGCUUCAAAAAGAUAUAAUUGUUAUGGCAAAUCAUCUUGAUAUCAUAUUAGUUCCUCUAAGUUUGUUCCUUAGUGUUGGAUACCAUGCCUUUCUAUGGCACAACUUCAAGAACAAUCCCUCAAUUAUCACCUUAGGAAUCAUCACUCUCAAGAGGAGGGAGUGGUUCCAUGGUAUCAAACAGGGUGAUGAUAAAAAGGAGGUCCUAGCAGUUCAAAGUUUAAGAAAUAGCUUAAUGGAGACCAUACUAACAGCUACUAUAACCAUGCUAAUCAACAUAGGAUUAGCAGCAUUAGCCAACAAUGCAUACAAAGCUAGCAACUUAUUGGGUACGACCCCAUUUUUUGGGUCACAAUCAGGUCGAAUCAUCGUUCUAAAAUUCGGGUCAGCAUCGGUAUUCUUGCUCACAAGCUUCUUGUGUAGUUCAAUAGCUAUCGGCUAUUUGGUAGAUGCCAAUUAUUUGAUCAAUGCAUCAGGAGAAAUGUUGAGCCGUGGGCAUACUAAAAGGGUGUUAGAAAGAGGGUUUAUAAUGGGUGUUGUAGGGAGUAGAAUGUUGUGUAUUAGUUUGCCUUUGUUGAUGUGGUUAAUUGGCCCUGUUUUUGUGCUCAUUUCUUCCUUGGUUAUGAUUUGGGUUUUGUAUGGCCUUGAUUAUUCUAUCAAAUUACAAGGUCUCACUAUACAAAAAUAAUUUUAAUGAGUUAUAGUUUAUUGAAUAACAACAAAUUGCAAACGGGUUUCGAAAUAUGAACUCAUAAUUAUUUAUAACGGCCAACGGGUAUAUUUGUCAUUCAUUAUGUAAUAUAAACUAUAGUUAAGUUUUUUUCGUAAAAAAGUGUACAAGGUAUUGUUUAAAGCAACUAUACUUGAGUAAUGCUCUCUUCCAAAUCAUUACAAAAUCGCCAAAUUUUUCUUUGUGGCC